AAAAACAAAAGAAAAACCACGCGGCCCGAGAAAACGACAAAGAAACGGAAACCAGGUGUACUGCACGUUCUAUAAAUGAAACCACGUCUCCCUCGUCUUCAUCCUCCGCAUCACAUUCUCUUUAAGUCUCUCAUACCUAACCAACCACUAACAACAACAACAACAAGAAAAUGGGUACAGCUACCUGCAUCGAUAUCAUCGUUGCCAUCCUCCUUCCACCUCUCGGCGUCUUCCUCAAAUUUGGCUGCAAAGUUGAGUUCUGGCUCUGUUUGGUGCUCACCCUUUUAGGUUAUCUUCCUGGAAUCCUCUAUGCCAUCUAUGCUAUCACUAAAUGAUCCAUCAUCUUCUAUGUGGAUCGUGAAUAGUUUUCAGGGGCGUCAUUGCUGUAUUUCAAUUUAGAUAUGUAUUAGUUUCGUGUAAAAGUUGUUCACUCAUGAUGGACAAAAUUUAUUCUUCUUUUAUUUUAUAACAAUAAUUUCCGUGUCAAUAGAGUUCUUCUCUUGUUUUGCUGUUUUUGACUUCGGUUUUUGUCUUAUGUGAAAAAUGAUACUAUGUGAAGCUUGUGAACAGUCGAUUUGAACUACUAUAUAUUAAUAAAUUUGUUAUCUUAUUCACAAUUCAA